CCCAAAACAUCGUCAAAUUUUCUGGGACUUUCGCAACCUUAGAUUCCCAUUACGAACCAUGUGGUAAUUUAGCAGUUCGUACAAAAUUUACUUCCGCAAAAGCUUACAGUUUUGUAAACUCGAGAGUUUACCUGAAAUUAUCCAGUUCAAACCUAUACUUCUCAAUUAAUUCAUUCGUCUUGAAUCUCAGAACUGUUGGGUCUUUUUUCCCACUACGAAUUAUAGACUCUUCGCCAAACAAACAAACAAUUUCACGAAGGCGUAAGGGAAUCUGCUAAUCGCAACAAACGAAUGGGGCGUUCUCGUGGGAAUUUCCACGCUGAUGAGGACCCCAAUCAAAGGUCAAGGAGAAAAAAGAAUGCUGCUAGUGGAGAUAUUACAGAACCUGGAGCUGCAGGUCAAGGAACAAGUGAAGGAAAAAAGGCUUUGUACCAUUGCAAUUACUGUAACAAAGAUAUUACAGGAAAAAUACGUAUUAAGUGUGCCAUGUGUCCUGAUUUUGACCUAUGUAUAGAGUGCUUUUCUGUGGGAGCUGAGGUGACCCCUCAUAAAAGCAAUCACCCUUACAGGGUUAUGGAUAAUUUAUCUUUCCCUCUCAUUUGCCCAGAUUGGAAUGCAGAUGAUGAAAUUCUGCUUCUGGAGGGAAUUGAAAUGUACGGCUUGGGGAACUGGGCAGAAGUUGCUGAGCAUGUUGGGACAAAGAAUAAAGAAGCAUGCAUAGAACACUAUAGGAAUGUUUACUUGAACUCCAAAACCUUUCCUCUCCCCGACAUGUCCCAUGUUGUUGGGAAAAACAGAAAGGAGCUGCUUGCUAUGGCUAAAGGGCAAAGCGAUGACAAAAAAGGGAUUCCAAUGGGGGAUCUUGGCAUAAAGGAAGAAUCUCCAUUUUCUCCAGCUAGAGUCAAAGUGGAAGAUUCUCAUAAAGCUGGUAAAUCUAGCCGUUUACAGUCCAACUUAAAUUCAGAAUCAGAAUCUGGACACUCUAGUGGUUCGCAUACUGCAGCAACUGCUAACCAGAGGGCAUCUAAUGUGGGACGGGGCAAAGAUGGUCCUGGAGUUAUCAAAAUGGAAGAUGCCCAACUAGAAAAAUAUUCUGGAGGAAACAAGCCAAGUUCCUCUGGAAAUGAAGGUCCUUCUUUAGUAGAGUUGAGUGGUUAUAACCCCAAAAGACAGGAAUUCGAUCCUGAAUAUGACAAUGAUGCUGAACAGUUACUUGCUGAAAUGGAAUUUAAGGACACUGACACAGAUGACGAACGGGAACUGAAACUACGCAUUCUGCGUAUAUAUUCAAAAAGGCUCGAUGAAAGAAAACAUAGAAAGGAUUUCAUACUUGAAAGAAAUUUGCUAUACCCAAAUCCUUUUGAGAAGGAUUUAACACCUGAGGAGAGGACUAUAUGUCGAAAAUAUGAUGUAUUCAUGCGCUUUCAUACCAAGGAAGAUCAUGAGGAAUUGCUUAAAGUAGUAAUAUCUGAGCACAGAAUUCGUAGGAGAAUUGAAGAGCUUCAGGAGGCCCGAGCUGCUGGUUGCCGCACAUCGACUGAAGCAGAUAGAUAUCUUGAACAGAAGAGAAGGAGAGAGGCAGAAGAAAGUGCUCGUAGGUCAAAAGAAAGAGCUCAAACUGGUCCAAACAAUCAUGGGGUUCCAAGUGCAUUCAUGUCUCCAGACUCCGCUGGCAAAGAUUCAAGUGCAAGACCAGCAGGGCCUGCUGGUUCGAGCUCUGUCAAUGAAAUGGAUGUGACAGGAUAUUAUGGGGCUGAUCUUCUUUCUGCACCUGAAAAACGUCUAUGCUGUGAGCAUAGGUUGCCUCCAGCCAUCUUCCUGAAGAUGCAAGAGGUUCUAUCUGUACAAAUACUGAGUGGCAAUAUCACUGCAAAAUCUGAUGCCCACCACUUAUUCAAUAUGGAUAGCAGCAAGAUUGAUUGCGUGUACGAUAUACUUAUGAAGAAGGGGAUUGCCAUGCCCUGACUGAUAUAUAUAUCUCUCCUGCUUGUAAUGUGUUCUAACAUUACUAUCUCUUCUUUCUCCAGAAACAAUGUUGAGAUACUGGGAUAUGAUUGUAGUUAAUCAAACCGCGGCAUCAAAUUUCGUGGUGUGUAAAAUUGAUUCAUUCUACGGUUGAGAACUGUCUUUUGUGUUCUUCCCUCCCUCUAUUUUUCCUGCCUGAUCUGGUCGCCUAUGUACUUGAGAGAAUUGGUUUUAAGCUUUCGGGGAACUAGUUAAGAAAAUUGAGUCCAACUAAUAAUAACCAUGUUGUAUUA